AGUCUAAACUGCCUUUACGAAAUAUUAGCGACGCUUGGCCUGCUGCAAACAAGCAUAUUCCGCCAAAGUCUAUUUCGAGCGCCGACUUCCGCUCAUGCCUGCCUCAACCAGAUCUUUUUUUAGCCGACAUCGCAUUUUCACUUAAAUCCCGUUUGGCCUUUGCUAUGAAUUAUACUAUUACGUCCAAUCGGCUGCAGGGCUUGGGCAAGCCGACUCGCCGAGGAGUGAAGAAAUGUCCCCGCUGUGCCACCUUCAAUGGCACCAGAGGAUUAGUGUGCAAGAACAAACAAUGUGCCAUCAGUCUGAAAGCCUCCCAAGACCUAGCAGAUUGGGAAGCCGUGCAACUGAUCACUGGAACAGUGCGCCAAGUCUACUCAGUGCGUGUGAAAGAAGGCGGCCGAGGAUUCGUCCAGAUUCCGUUCAGUGCUGAAGAUAUUCGGACAGAUUCGGGGUUGUGCUUCGUCGAGUCCUGUCAGAGAUCCUUCGACAAUUCUAUACUGAAGUGCCACGAAGAGGAACAGAGUGCUACCAAGGGAGCCACUAUAUGCAGUCACAUCGACAUGGCUUUGAAAAGCCGAGCUCUGGCGCAGCCUCUCGAGCUGCACGAGGCCGCUUUGGAACGUUUGGAAAUCCCAGUCGAGAUGAAGAGCCUGCUGCGUGUGUAUAGCGAAGGCAGUCCUUUAGUGCAAAUGGUUUCCAGGGAAGUGGUGGCAGUUAAAUGUCAGGUCAGCCCUAAGCAACCCUUAGGAUACCUGCAUUUCACAUUUGUCAAGGGGCGCAGUAAGGCCUACGAUAAGUACCGAUGCAGCUGCACUUUUGGUUUUUGCGAGCCUCUUUCUACUACUUGGAGCAAAUGCAUCCAUUACUAUGCCAGCGUGGCAGCUUUGGCCAGCAACCAGAACUGCAUGGAACAGUUUGCUAGCUUCCUGACCAAUGAAGUGACUCCCAGAAAUAAAUCAGUUGGGUUUUCCUACGCCAAAGUGUCCAAGUUUGUUGACCUUCGGGAAGCGAAGAGCAAGGCCAAGGCGGGUCGAUUGAUCAAGAAGACAGUUUCAGUGCCGAAUAAGGAGAUUCCUAAGCCAGCAGUGCACAGUAAGAAGGAACGCUACCUGAUCAAGCGAUGUAAAAAAAUUGCCCCAAAAAUCUACCCAAUAGAAAUCAAAGUGCUCAAUGAGCAGUCCCUGAUGUCCAACCCAAUGGACAAGGUGGUCAGCUGGAUGUUUUCCGACUGGCUCAGUUUUGUGACCGAGUCAAUAAACAAAACGAUGCAAUUUAUCAAUUGCGGCAUCGUCAACACGCAGGUUUUUUAUAUUCCCGAGGAUUUUUUUGGAGCGUUUUGUUGCCGAAUUCCUGCCGGUUACCAGGAGCAAAAAACAGCGAUGGGCUCUAUAUUCUACAGCAUAAUGAACGUGAACCACGUUAAAGAAAUUUUUGAUACGCCCAAAGUCAAGUUGCGCAUAGCGAAGAAAUUCAUCCUCGCCGACCACAAAGGGUACAUAGAGUACGACGACAAUGAAUCAGUAGAGGAACGAGGGAACCACACUCAGUACCAUUCGGCGUUUAUUUUCUUUCUCAAUGUGGGGCAAUCCACAGUGGAUGAGAGCGACAAUUGCAAUAACGCAUUUAUCGUUGAGUGGCUGCCGAAUAUCUGCAGUACCAUCCAUGUGGGCCAGUUGAAAGUUCAGUACAAAUAUGGCAGGAAAAGUAUUUAAAUCUAUACUAUAAUGUUUUCUAAAGCGGGCAAAAACUAAAAUUUUCGACGGUCCGGAUCCGAACUGCUAAAAUUUGUUAAUGAAAUUUAGAGAAACAACCGAUGAUCUGGUUAAAAUUUCGAUCUGAACAACAACAUUUUGACUCCGCAGUUUCUUUUUGAAUUUAUACAUUAGAAUCAGUAGGUUUUUUCCUACAGGAAAACUGCUCCAUCACCUAACUAACCGAUAAAGUGGAUGCUGGAUUAAA